CGUCGCGCCGGAAGUGGCGGGUGCGGGGCGGCCCCGCAGGCGCGCGGGGGGAGGUUUGAGCCGGCGGCCGGCAAGAUGGCGGAGUCUGCAAAUGCCACCCAUGAAGUCAUCAAUGUCACCCUCCACACUACCCUGGCAGCUACUACCAAACUGGUGGUACCUACACCUGCUAAACCUAUCCUUCCUGUUCAGACUGGAGUCCAAGCACAGCAAGAGGAGCAAUCUAGUGGCAUGACGAUUUUUUUUAGUCUUCUUGUUUUAGCUAUCUGCAUCAUAUUGGUGCAUUUACUGAUAAAAUACAGACUUCAUUUUUUACCAGAGAGUGUGGCUGUUGUUUCUUUAGGUAUCCUUAUGGGAGCAUUUAUAAAAAUCAUAGAGGCUCAAAAGCUGGCCAACUGGAAGGAAGAAGAAAUGUUUCGUCCAAAUAUGUUUUUUCUGCUUUUGCUUCCACCUAUUAUAUUUGAGUCUGGAUAUUCAUUACACAAGGGUAAUUUUUUUCAGAACAUCGGUUCCAUCACUCUGUUUGCUGUGUUUGGCACUGCAAUAUCAGCUUUCAUUGUAGGUGGAGGAAUUUAUUUCCUGGGCCAGGCAGAUGUAAUUUAUAAACUCAACAUGACAGACAGUUUUGCAUUCGGCUCUUUAAUAUCUGCAGUUGACCCUGUGGCUACUAUUGCCAUUUUCAAUGCCCUCAAUGUGGAUCCUGUACUGAACAUGUUGGUUUUUGGAGAAAGCAUUCUCAAUGAUGCAGUCUCUAUUGUCUUGACCAACACAGCAGAAGGUUUGACAAGAGAAAAUAUGUCAGAUGUAAGUGGAUGGGAAACCUUUCUACAGGCACUGGGAUACUUUCUUAAGAUGUUCUUUGGCUCUGCAGCACUUGGCACACUUACUGGUCUUAUUUCUGCAUUAGUGCUAAAGCACAUUGAUUUAAGGAAAACACCUUCCCUGGAGUUUGGAAUGAUGAUUAUCUUUGCUUACCUUCCUUAUGGACUUGCAGAAGGUAUCUCACUCUCAGGUAUCAUGGCAAUCCUCUUCUCUGGCAUCGUGAUGUCUCACUACACGCACCACAACUUGUCCCCAGUUACUCAGAUUUUAAUGCAGCAGACACUCAGAACUGUUGCUUUCAUGUGUGAAACGUGUGUUUUUGCAUUUCUGGGCCUGUCCAUUUUUAGUUUUCCUCACAAGUUUGAAAUGUCCUUUGUCAUCUGGUGCAUAGUACUUGUUCUGUUUGGUAGAGCAGUGAAUAUUUUCCCACUUUCCUACCUACUCAACUUUUUCCGUGAUCACAAAAUCACUCCCAAAAUGAUGUUUAUCAUGUGGUUUAGUGGUUUACGUGGUGCAAUUCCGUAUGCCCUCAGCCUCCAUUUGGGUUUGGAACCAAUUGAGAAGCGGCAGCUUAUUGGGACAACAACCAUCAUCAUAGUUCUGUUCACCAUUCUGCUGCUGGGGGGAGGAACCAUGCCCCUCAUCAGACUGAUUGACAUUGAGGACUCCAAAGCACGCAAGAGGAACAAGAAGGACAUUAAUCUUAGCAAGACAGAGAAGAUGGGAAAUACCAUAGAAUCCGAGCAUUUGUCAGAGCUCACAGAGGAGGAGUAUGAGGCUCAGUACAUCAAACGCCAGGACCUCAAAGGAUUUAUGUGGUUUGAUGCCAAGUAUUUGAAUCCUUUCUUCACCAGAAGACUCACACAAGAAGACCUGCAUCACGGGCGCAUCCAGAUGAAAACCCUCACCAACAAAUGGUACGAAGAGGUCCGACAGGGACCCUCCGGCUCCGAGGACGACGAGCAAGAGCUACUCUAGUGGAGGGGCAGGAGUGUGAGGAGGUGAUCACUAGAGCAUUAGAAAGAGGAUUUAAGUACCAAGAGUCUGACUGCAGAAAAACUGGAAAGCUAACAGCGAGCUUUGCAAUUUCUGGCAUGUGUUGUGCUACGUGUUUAGGUAUAAAACACAGAUCUGUGCUUGAUGUCACAGCUCAGUGAUGGGAACCCACUAGCAUCAGACACUGGGCUGAAUGAAGACCCUUUGGUGCAGAUUUUAAGGCAGAGCAGAUGUCCUGCAGCUGCUGCAAAGCAGAAACAUCUGCCAUGAAAUGGAGACAUUGUCUAAUGGAGGGGGGAGGUCUCCCUAUUACAAAAUCCAUUGUAAAUGUAUGUGGAGCACAGAGCCAUUGUAUGACUCUGCAAACCAGAAUGAAUUGCACUUUACUUUUUAUACAUAUAUAUCUAUUCCUUCACAGCAUGGAGAGUCUUGACAGUUUACACUGUGACUGUCUCAGCACUAGUAAGGGAAUCUCACUGGAUUAAAUGUAUAACUUUGGAAUAUGCACAUUGUGAGUGCAAAGAAGAUGCACACCCUGACAAAAAGCACAUGUUGCACAUGGAAGGAAGCACCUCUGGGAACUGGUGGGUUUGUCACUUAAAUCCUUGGUUUCUAUUUUAUGGGAUUAUUUUGUUUAUAUAUACUGAGGUACCUGAUCCACAGCAGUGAUUAUAACAUGGUUUGGGGGAAGAGGGGAAUUGUGUGACAUGGUGCAGAACUGCAUUUGAAAUGGCAGCUUUGAUGUAUUUUUUUCUCUUUGGCUAAAGCCAGUUGCACUGGGGUUUCAGUAACUGGCAGUUGCUCCUUGCUGGCACUUCGGCUUCAAAUCUUAGAAAACAGCAGCUUUUGUUUUGCCUGAUUCACAAAGUGUCCCUAACACUCCAGAAUUCACCAGUGGGACUGUAAAGUGGAACCAGCAGCAGCUUGUACACGAGGAAGAAGAGUGUACAAACCCUAAUGGAGGUAGAGAAAGGUCAGCAGUGACAUGGCUGAAGCACCGACAGUUGGGAUGUGCCACUCGGCUCCUCUGGCCUCUUUAAGGUGUUUUUUCCCUCCUGUUUGCUCCAUUUCAGGACCCUUUGCCUUUCCCCUUUGUCCUGUCCACCUGCUCAGUGCCACAGAGCCACAUUUGGGUGGUUUCAGUGGAGCAGUCUGCUCCCACUGCCCUCCCACAUCCCCCAUGCAGCACUUGCAUACCCACGGGAGAAGGGAGAGUGUAGCUCUGCACAUAAAGCAGAGCUGCAGGUGCACAUGUUUGGUUCUGAAAGUGUGAGGCUUCUAUUUUUUGGCCUGGUUUUGGUACUAAGGUUUUUACUGAACUGCUUGCCUGCUGGGGGGAAUAAAAAUUGGAGAAUGU